AUGGCGACGAUGGAGGCGCCGCUGCUCGUCAAGAGGCCGCGCUCCGACGACGGCGGCGACGCUGCUGCGCCGAGGACCUACGCGGAGGUGCGCGAGGCCUUCCUCCGCGAGGCGGAGCGCCUCUGGGUCAUCGCCGCGCCAAUCACCCUCAACAUCCUCUGCCUCUACGGCGUCAACUCCGCCACGCAGAUCUUCGCCGGCCGCCUCGGCAACCUCCAGCUCUCCGCCGCCGCCCUCGGCCUCUCCGUCGUCUCCAACUUCUCCUUCGGCUUCCUCCUCGGCAUGGCCAGCGCGCUCGAGACGCUCUGCGGCCAGGCCUACGGCGCCGGCCAGGUGGCCAUGCUAGGCGUCUACAUGCAGCGCUCCUGCCUCGUCCUCGCCGCCUCCGCGCUCCUGCUCUCGCCGCUCUACGCCUUCGCGGGGCCCCUCCUGCGGGCGCUGGGACAGGACGCCGCCAUCGCCGACGCCGCGGGGGACUUCACGCUGCGCAUCCUCCCGCAGAUGUUCUCGCUCGCCAUCGCCUUCCCCACGCAGAAGUUCCUGCAGGCGCAGGCAAAGGUGGCGGCGCUCGCGUGGAUCAGCCUCGCCGCGCUCGCCGCGCACGUCGCCAUGCUCGCGCUCUUCGUCGGCGUCCUCGGCUGGGGCCUGCGCGGGGCCGCCGCGGCGUACGACAUCACGUCCUGGGCCAUCGCCGUCGCGCAGCUGCUGUACGUCACGCGCUGCUGCAGGGGCCACGGCUGGGAGGGCCUGUCGUGGAAGGCGUUCCACCUCCGGGGGCUCUGGGCUUUCGCUAAGCUCUCGCUCGCGUCCGCCGUCAUGCUCUGCCUCGAGGUCUGGUACAUGAUGGUGCUCGUCGUGCUCACCGGACGCCUCGACGACGCGGAGAUCGCCGUCGGAUCCGUAUCCAUAUGCAUGAACCUGAAUGGGUGGGAAGCCAUGCUGUUCAUCGGCCUGAACGCAGCCAUCAGCGUGCGCGUGUCGAACGAGCUGGGGUCCGGGCGUCCGCGCGCGGCCAAGCACGCGGUGGCGUCAGUGAUCGCGCAGUCCCUGGCGAUGGGUCUGGUGGCCAUGGCCGUGGUCCUGGCCUACCGCAACAGCUUCGCGGUGCUCUUCACGGGCGACCGGGCCAUGCAGGCGGCCGUGGGGAAGGUGGCGUACCUCCUGGCCGUGACCAUGGUGCUCAACAGCGUGCAGCCGGUUAUCUCCGGGGUGGCCAUCGGCGGCGGGUGGCAGGCGCUGGUGGCGUACAUCAACCUCGGGUGCUACUACGCGCUGGGGCUCCCGCUGGGGUUCUGCCUGGGGUGCCUCCUCCGGCUGGGCGCUGAGGGGAUGUGGGCGGGGAUGCUCUGCGGCACGGCUCUGCAGACGCUCAUCCUGCUCGCCGUCAUCUGGAACACGGACUGGGAAGCCGAGGCCGCGCAGGCGAACGAACGGAUUAGCGCGUGGGGCGGCGGGGAGUGCGGAAGCGAGCAGCUUCAGCACCAGCAGGGGGAAAACGCCGGCGACCUCAAGGAAGCUUUCAGAGUGUGA